AUGAUUUUCUCAACAAAAAUUAUUUUACUUUCGUUAAUAUUACCUGCUUUGAUUCUGGCUAAAAGUCGUGAAAAAUCAGAUGAAAUAAUUAUGGACGGAGGUAAAAGAAACUUUUCUAUGGACACAUUGCCCAAUUGUACUGAAAAACAUGAUGAUAUGGAUCAGUCGUCUCCACGUCCUAUUGGAUUACCUCCGUGUAAACCUCCAUUUGAACAUCACCCUCGCCGUGUUGGAGAAGGUGAAGGACCAAAUAAGAAUGUUUAA